AUGCACCUUCAGAACGAAGAUGGACCUGAGAGACGUACAGGUUUUAACGGAAGGAAGGGUCCUGAAACGACAACUCAGUUGGGCACCGCCGACAGCUAUCUGAUCACAGUGACUCUCUUCUGUUUACUAACAGUGAUAUUUGUCAUCGGCACAGUCGGCAACGUCUACACCCUGGUAGUGAUGAGUUCGUCGGGGUUACGUAAAAGCGGCUCCAUGUUCAGUUACGUGGUGAGCCUUGCUUUGGCUGACUUACUCUACCUCUCCACCAUUCCUUUUGUCCUCUGCACGCUGGUUCUUCACGACUGGCUCUUUGGGGAGCUGGGAUGUCGGCUCUUGUUCGGCCUGGACUUCUUCAGCAUGCAGGCUAGCAUAUUCACCCUGGCCUGCAUGAGCACCGAACGCUACCGGGCCGUGACGAGGCCGCUGGAGACCUUCACGCGGACCCCACGCCGCCGCAGGCUCCACAGGGUGCUCCCCUGCGUCGUGUGGCUGGCUGCCUUCCUGCUCGCGCUGCCAAACAUGCUGAUGAUUCAUCUGAAGAGAAGCGUGCGAGACGGGACUCCAAAACGGAUGUGUCACCCCACGUGGCAGAUGGGUGCUUACCGCGCUUAUCUGACGGCCUUAUUCGGCACUUGCGUCCUGGUGCCAGGGGUGUUGAUCGGUGGGGUGUACGCCCGGUUAGCGCUCGCCUAUCGAAAGUCGCAGCGGGCUGGCGUCGUGGCAGGAGGCGACAGUCGAAAGGUUCGUGGGUCGAAGCACCGCCUGCUUUAUCUCAUCCUUGGCAUCGUGUUGGCAUACUGGGCAUGUUUCCUUCCUUUCUGGAUUUGGCAGCUUAUUAAUGUCUACUGGCCCGGUGGUGUGAGUCAGCAUGCAGCGGAAUACGUCAACGUGACGGUUACAGCGUUGGCCUAUGGCAACAGCUGUGUUAACCCAUUCCUCUACACCCUGCUCACAGAAAACUACAGAACAUACCGACAUCGCCAGAGCCGCCGACACACCGGGCCGGACAGAAAGUUCCAGGCCCAUGAGAGGGAGGCAUCACGCAGGUCAGCCUCAGUGUCAUCAGCCGGGGGCAGCGUCGCACUCACUGAGACCACCAGCACUGUGGUUCACCUUAGGGGUAUCACUGAUGCCUGUCACCUUUGA